AUGCCCUCAUUCCCAACCACCCCUCUGGUUCGAUCCAGAGAAGAUGGCUUGCAAAUCAGCUAUCGACUUCCUCAUCGCAUUCACUCCGCAAAGGGCUACCCCCUACGAGCUCCAAAUGGUUCAUCGAUCAUUGUUUAUGGCCACGACACUGGACUCAAAGUUGUCUGGAGAGGAGGAAGACGUUUCGCAGAGUCGAAAGCACCGGCACCUGCAGACAAGCCGAGGCGCUCUGAAAAUCAUGUUGACGACUCAGUGAUGAUCAUCGAUUCCGACGAGGAAGAACCUGAACAACCCCCACGAGAAGAGGCCAGCUACGAUUUCAGUCUGGAGGAGACCGAGGUCGAUCCUGCUGCUCCAUACGAAGAGAUUCUACGACAAGUCGACAUUCCCCUUGGAAGCCGAGUUCUGGAUGUGGCGGUUCCUCAGGUUCUGCCCGAGGAAUCGCGCUCACCCCUUGACGCCUUCCCGCCUAUUUUGAAAAACACAAUUGUGAUCACGGCAGUCUGUUCCGACUUCUCAACAAGAGUUGUGACUCUGCCACUUGCACCUCCCCACCCUACACAGACCGACUCCGCAAGCUGGCGCAUUCAGACUCUGACAGUUCUCGGUGCCACUACUCAUCAAGAUACUCCCCGUGGAGUGUCUUUGACUUUCACCUGUCAGGAGAACGAGGAAGAAAGCUCACGCAAAUCGCGGGGCCGAUUCGGCAGCCAUGGAAAAUGGGAUCUCCUUGUGGCCACACAUUCUGCAGAAGGGUCCGGUGCCUUGUUGCUGCACCGCAUCCCAAUUCGGGAGGAACCAUCGGGAUCUGGCUCCUAUUGCUUUUUAGAGGAUGACAUUGUUUCUCAGCGACGACUCCUGCCCGCACCAGCGCAGACGAUCACUUUUAACCCUGCCCCAUGGCCAUCUCCCCGCCAUUCAAGCCUGCUUGUUGCAUUCCACAGCGGAUGUGUCAAGAUAUACUCUUGCUUCUCCGUGAAGAAGGCCUCCAAAACUGCGCGAAGGCCGUCCAUCCCGCAGGAAGAGUAUGAAACCACCGACAUGGAAGGCCGGUGGCUGAUCAGCCUGUACCCCGGCUUCGAGCAGGGACCCGUUGGACUACCCCGACGAAAGACAAUCAUUGAUGCUGAUUGGGUGCUGGGUGGUCGGGCUGUGAUGGUACUCCUAGAAGAUGGCGAUUGGGGCGUCUGGGAUAUCGAAGGCGCCGGUCCUGGUGCUGCCAAGGGCCCUCUGCACCGCCAAACAAGCAUCCAAGGUGUCACCGGUGGCUCGUUGACUGCAUACGCCGUUAGUGGCCGUAUUGUGACACCGCUUUCCAACGCCCAGUCCGAGGCAGAACAGCGACCCCGGUUUGCGCCAAUGACACCCUCCACUCGACGUGUCCGUGAAGAUGGUCUGUUGAAGGGAUCAGCGACUGCAGCCAGUCCAUCCCACCGCGGCCAGAUUUCCGUCUUGCAAACUAACUCCACGCAAGAUGCGCUCCCCGAUGAAUCAAUCCUGCUUCGUCAUGGUCGACAAAGUGCCGUCAUCCCCAGUUUACUCUCUCUGUGGCGCAACGCCGUCCAGGCCAAGGGUACAUUCGAUGCUUCCAACCGCUGCCGAGUGUCACCCUUCCAAGAUGUCAACCUAAUGGGCCAGAAUUUCCAAGGGAUUGGCCACCUACCAGCACCUGUGCGCCGGUCCCGGCAGGCACAGCGACAAGCGUUCGAUGUUCUCGUGGCAGCAGAGCACCAACUCAUGAUCCUCGCCCCAGCCUUGGUCGAAUCCGACGAACCAAACCAGCCUUCCAUGAAUUCCGAAGCAACCCCAGAAACAGACCAACUCAUGCUCAAACGCGGCGAACUAGACGUUGAAGGAAUGGGCCGACUACUAAACGGCAUGGCUAACGGAGCGGCAUCUCUGCGCAUGGGCAGCCCCAUCAAACGGACUCGUAUUUUCGCUUGA